AAUUUCCAUCUCACCAUACAUGGAAAAAAAUUUCAAUCUUAAAGGGCCUACGUCGAUAAUGCAGGCGCCGUCGUAACCGACACUGUCACGUAUGUCACGAACCCCCCACCAUUUGACAGGCACCUUUCGACAUACAUCAACAAAACAAACAGUUUAACAAACAAGUACGCAAAAUAUGGUGUAAAAAAAAUAGUGGUACGAAAUGUACGGGUAUUGUGCGGCCAGUAAUUGAGGUGUUCCUGUAACCUGGCGCGGUGGAAAUGGCAUCUCGUCGCGAGGUCCUCAAGGCUUCCAUGGAGCCUCUGCCAAAUUCCAGCGAUCCCCUGAGGGAGCUUUUCGAAGCUUGCAAAGUGGGUGACAUCGCCAGGGUGAGAACUUUGAUCACCCCACAAACCGUCAACGCCAGAGACACAGCCGGAAGGAAGUCUACCCCACUGCAUUUUGCAGCUGGCUAUGGAAGAAGGGACGUGGUGGAGUUUUUACUUGGAGCCGGCGCCUCGAUUCAAGCGAGGGACGAUGGGGGUCUGCAUCCUCUGCACAAUGCCUGUUCAUUUGGGCACGCCGAUGUGGUGCGGUUACUUUUGGAGGCCGGUGCGAACCCUAACACACGGGACAACUGGAACUACACGCCGCUUCACGAGGCGGCUAUCAAAGGAAAAAUCGACGUUUGUAUAGCAUUGUUGCAACACGGUGCUGACGUAAACGUCCGCAACACCGAGGGCAAGACCGCCUUGGAGGUGGCGGACGCCAGCACCCGUCCCGUCCUCACCGGCGAAUAUCGCAAGGACGAGCUGCUGGAGGCGGCACGAUCCGGCGCCGAAGACCGACUACUCGCCCUGCUCAAUCCGCUCAACGUGAAUUGUCACGCGAGCGACGGGCGUCGGUCGACACCGCUGCAUCUGGCCGCCGGUUAUAACCGCAAUCGGGUAGUGCAACUGCUCCUCCAGAAUGGUGCCGAUGUCCACGCCAAGGAUAAGGGUGGUCUCGUACCGUUACAUAACGCUUGUUCGUACGGACACUUCGAAGUGACCGAGAUGUUGAUAAAGCACGGCGCCAACGUCAACGCAAACGACCUGUGGGCGUUCACGCCGCUCCACGAGGCCGCCUCCAAGUCACGCGUGGAAGUUUGUUCGCUGCUCCUCAGCGAGGGCGCCGAUCCGCAUCAAUUAAACUGCCACUCUAAAUCAGCGAUCGACGUUGCCCCUACCAGGGAACUGCAAGAAAGACUGGCAUACGAGUAUAAAGGACACCUUCUGUUGGAGGCCGCCCGACAAGCAGACACUAGUAAAAUAAAGAAGUACCUAACAGCCGAUAUAAUUAAUUUUAAGCAUCCAUACACUGGUGACACUGCCCUACAUAUGGCUGUAAAUUCUCUUUAUCCAAAACGGAAGCAAAUAUUGGAAUUGCUUAUUCGUAAAGGUGUUAAUUUAAAUGAGAAAAAUAAGGACUUUUUGACUGCCUUGCAUCUCGCCACUGACAACUCCCACUACGACCUGAUGGACGUACUUCUGCGGCACGGUGCCAAAGUAAAUGCUCUUGAUGGCUUGGGCCAGACUGCUCUUCAUCGUUGUGCACGCGACGAUAAUACCCAAGCUGCGCGCAUUCUCCUUUCCUACAACGUAGAUGUGUCUAUUGUAUCUCUGCAAGGUUACACGGCGGCCCAAGUCGCUUCUGAAAACGUUGCCAAAAUGUUACAAGUCUUAAAAAUCUUUGUCGUAGAUCCGCCAACGGUCAGUGCAGAUGUAGAGUGCCAAAUAUUAGAGGCGGCCAAAUCCGGCGACCUCGAACAAGUCCAGCGUCUCCUGGUUGCAUAUCCUCACAUCGUGAAUUGCCGAGACCUGGACGGUCGACAUUCUACACCCCUUCAUUUCGCAUCCGGUUACAACCGAGUGGCGGUUGUCGAAUAUUUACUGCAACAGGGUGCAGACGUGCAUGCCAAAGACAAAGGUGGAUUGGUUCCUUUACAUAACGCCUGUUCUUACGGACACUACGAGGUGACUGAAUUGCUCGUGAAACACGGCGCCAGCGUUAACGUGGCAGACUUGUGGAAGUUCACUCCACUUCAUGAAGCUGCGGCCAAAGGCAAAUAUGAGAUUGUUAAAUUAUUGCUCAAGCACGGUGCGGAUCAGACAAAGAAGAACCGUGACGGAGCGACACCGCUGGAUUUGGUAAGGGAGGGCGACCAAGACGUAGCAGACUUGUUGCGUGGAAACGCAGCUCUCUUGGACGCCGCCAAGAAGGGUAACCUAGCUAGAGUACAAAGACUGGUCUCUCAGGAGAAUAUCAACUGCCGUGACGCUCAAGGCAGGAAUUCCACGCCGUUACAUCUAGCGGCUGGGUAUAACAAUGUAGAUGUAGCUGAAUUCCUCCUUGAACACGGAGCGGAUGUAAAUGCUCAAGACAAAGGCGGAUUAAUACCUUUACACAAUGCGUCCAGUUACGGCCACUUAGAUAUAGCUGCCCUACUCAUUAAAUACAACACUGUAGUGAAUGCCACGGACAAAUGGGGCUUUACGCCGUUACACGAGGCUGCUCAAAAGGGCAGAACACAGCUCUGUGCUUUACUGCUUGCUCAUGGUGCCGACCCCUACCUCAAAAAUCAAGAGGGACAAGCACCGGUUGACCUCGCGUCUGCCGACGAUGUCCGUUGUUUGCUGCAAGACGCCAUGGCAUCGCAGCAAUGCGUCUCCGUGGUACCACCGUCUGCUCCCUCGUCCCGUCCACCUUCUAUAGCUCUAGCGGCCAACAGCCCAUCCCCAACGGCUGCUUUGGGGGCACAGAACACAGCUGCCACGGGAGUCAAUUCGGAGACGGUGAUUAUGCCAUCCGGGGCGGCUGUACAGCUACUCGUGCCGGUGGGAAGCAGGGCGAGCGUUUCCAUGCCCGUGGCGGAAGGGUGUUGUUCUUCUACGACUGUAACAAAAUUAGAGGGACAGUCUCAGGAGGUUUCUAGUGUGGCUAAUUUCCUCGCUAGUUUAAAUUUGGAGCAUUUGUACGACAUUUUUGAAAGGGAGCAAAUCACACUAGACAUUCUUGCGGAAAUGGGUCAUGAGGAUUUGAAGCAAAUUGGAAUUUCUGCGUAUGGGUUCAGGCAUAAGCUGAUAAAGGGAAUGGAAAGGUUGGUUGCUAGUUGUGGAGGUUUGUGGUCAACUCCUUCCAAUCCCGGUACGCUCUUGGUGGAUCUUCUGGCGGACGAUAAAGAGUUUAUUACCGUUGAAGAGGAAAUGCAAAACAGUAUUAGAGAACACCGCGACAACGGCCACGCAGGCGGUGUUUUCUCUAGAUAUAAUAUAGUUAGGAUUCAAAAAGUACAGAACCGCAAAUUGUGGGAACGCUACAAUCACCGAAGACAGGAGGUCGCUGAAGAGAACAACAACCAAUCGAAUGAACGCAUGUUGUUCCAUGGAUCGCCGUUCAUCAACGCCAUCGUGCAGAAGGGUUUCGACGAAAGACACGCCUACAUAGGUGGCAUGUUCGGCGCUGGAAUAUACUUUGCGGAGCAUUCCAGCAAGAGCAACCAGUACGUGUAUGGAAUUGGAGGAGGUACCGGAUGUCCCACACACAAGGAUCGUUCCUGCUAUUCUUGUCAUAGGCAUUUACUAUUGUGUCGCGUCACUCUCGGCAAAUCGUUCUUGCAAUUUAGUGCCAUGAAAAUGGCACACGCCCCACCAGGUCAUCAUUCUGUGGCUGGUCGGCCGUCAGCAGGCGGGCUCAAUUUCCCCGAGUAUGUGGUGUAUCGUGGCGAGCAAGCGUACCCCGAGUACUUCGUUACGUAUCAAAUUGUUAAGCCUGAGGACUGUUCGAGUGGAACGGACUCCGACGUUAGGUGAUUUACAGAUGAUCGUUGGUUACUUAUGCAACCGAUGCGCCGAUCCUGUAGAGAAUUCUUGUGUAGCGUUGUGUGCGAUGCGUUCCGCUGUCUCUUUCCCGUUACCGUGCGUAAAAAGUGUAGCUGUCACGAGCAAACGCAGCAACAGAAAUAAUUGCUCCCGUCAUUUAAUUCUUGUUUUUUAUCAAUUAAGUAACGGUAGACGUGUAAAUAUUAGUUUUGACUCUAUGGGUAAUCGUGCAGAUUUUAAUUUAUUUGACCUUUUCAAAUUAAAAAAAGUGUUACCAGAAUUUUUCCACAUUUUACUGAAUAUUCGGGGUAUUUUUAAUUCAAUUAUAUAUUGUAUCUAAAGGAAUGUGCAACAAUUAUACAUAUAAAUGGUUAUAUAUAUUUGUUUAAACUAUUAGAUAAUUCAUUAUUUCCAGAGAAAGGAAAUUUCAAGAAAAAUUAUAAAAUUAUGCCUAGACCGACAUUUUUAUUUUACUUCUAACAAUUAUCAAACAUUUUAUUUUUGAGUUAAAAAACCAGUUGUUGAGUCAAAUGUAGCAAAAUUCUUGCAAUAUAUUUUUUAAAGAGCUGAAUAGGGAUUUAAAAAAAUCUGCACAGUUGUGCCAUACCGAGUCGAAAGACGUAUUUAAAUGUACAUAUUAUCAACUGUUAUUUACUAUUAGAACUACCGCAAAAUAAUCGUUGGUGCUCUCAUAUUGAUUAUUUUUCUGAUUAAUUGCAUAUUUUUAAGGAAGUGCGACAAAUUCAGAUUAUUGUAUUGUAUUCUGAAAAAUUCAAGAAAAGUUGAGUUUGGAUAAAUAGUCAACAAAUUGUCAUUAGUGUUAUAUAUUAGCAAUUAGAAAUAAAUAUUUCAAUUUUUAAAGAUGAAGGAAACAGGGUAAAGUCUUUAAAGAAUUUUCUCCUCUUUAUUUGAAGAGGAGAGCAUAUUUUCCUUAUUACUGGAAAAAUUUGUCAUACUUCCAAUUGUAUGAUUACGAAAACUAUAGAUAUUAAGACAAAUAUAAAUGUGUUCAUCUAAAAACUUGUAAAUAUUAUCCUGGACAAAUUGUCUUGCAUUAAGAAUUCUCAUUUAUUUAUUAUUUAUAUGGUUCUUAGUGGGCUAGACUUUCUCUCUAUUUGAAAGUAUUGUGAUAUCUACUUUAAUGUUAUGAAAAUAUGUGGGAGACUACUAAUUGUGAAUAUAAGUGUAAAUUUGUCUCAAAUGUUCAUUCUGUUGCAUUUAAGUUUUUAUAGAAUCUUCAGCAAAUCCUCCUACCAGUAAAUAAUACUAUCCAAUGUUUUUCAGCAUAGUAUAACAACUGUAUACUUAUGUCAGAGAGUAAAAUUGGAUGUUACCACUUCACUCAUAUUUAAUGUUCCAGUUUACAUGAUUCACAAAUAUGCUAGUUACGAAUGUAGAUCUCAGAAUUAAUUGUAUAAACGUUAAUAAUUUUACAGUGUAUAUACUCUUUACGAAUUGACAAGAAUGUUAACAUUUGUCACAAGCUUUACAACUUUGUCUCAUUCGUUUGAUGUUUUUAUCAAAAAUGUACUGUUAAUAAUGGUGUGGUGAUUUAAGUAUUCUUUUGGUUUAAUUUUUUCUUAUAGAACUGAAUAAAAUAAUAUGUAUCAUUUUAAA